GUCCGCGGUGGUGACGGGCAUGGCGGUGUGUGCUCGGCUCUGCGGCGUGGGCCCCGCGCGUGGGUGCCGCCGCCGUCAGCAGCGCCGCGGCCCGGCCGAGACUGCGGCGGCGGACAGUGAGGCGGACACGGACCCCGAGGAGGAGCGCAUCGAGGCGGGGCCGGCGCGUUGCUCGCUGCUGGAGCUCCCGCCCGAGCUGCUGGUGGAGAUCUUCGCCUCGCUGCCCGGCACCGACCUGCCCAGCCUGGCUCAGGUCUGCAGCAGGUUCCGCCGCAUCCUGCACACGGACACCAUCUGGAGACGGCGCUGCCGCGAGGAGUACGGCGUUUGUGAGAACCUGCGGAAGCUGGAGAUCACAGGCGUGUCUUGCCGGGACGUCUAUGCAAAGCGUAUAAACCCUCGCGUGAAGUCAGGACGCUUCAUGAAAAUUCUCCCCGAUUACGAGAACAUGGAGUACAGAGAUGUGUACACCUGCCUGCUUCACCGAUACAGACACAUUUUGGGGCUGUGGCAGCCAGAUAUCGGGCCGUACGGAGGAUUGCUGAAUGUCGUGGUGGACGGACUGUUCAUCAUUGGCUGGAUGUACCUGCCGCCUCAUGACCCCCACGUGGGUGACCCCAUGCGGUUCAAGCCACUGUUUAGAAUCCAUCUGAUGGAGAGGAAGUCGGCCACGGUGGAGUGUAUGUACGGCCACAAAGGGCCCCACAAUGGCCACAUCCAGAUUGUGAAGAGGGACGAGUUCUCCACCAAGUGUAACCAGACAGAUCACCACAGGAUGUCCGGUGGGAGGCAGGAGGAGUUUCGAACGUGGCUGAGGGAGGAGUGGGGCCGCACGCUGGAAGACAUCUUCCACGAGCACAUGCAGGAGCUGAUUCUGAUGAAGUUCAUCUACACCAGCCAGUACGACAACUGCCUGACCUACCGACGGAUCUACCUCCCACCCAGCCACCCUGAUGACCUCAUCAAGCCCGGCCUCUUUAAGGGCACCUACGGCAGCCACGGACUGGAGAUUGUGAUGCUCAGCUUCCACGGCUCACGCGCCAGGGGCACCAAGAUCACGGGCGACCCCAACAUCCCCGCGGGGCAGCAGACUGUAGAGAUCGACCUGCAGCGCCGCAUCCAGCUGCCGGAUGUGGAGAACCUCAGAAACUUCAACGAGCUCUCCAGGAUCGUCCUGGAGGUCCGGGAGCAGGUGCGGCAGGAGCAGGAGGCUGGCGAGGGCCCUGCGCCACCCCGGGAGCCUUCAGCCAAGGCCCCUGAUGGGCCACCUGCUAAGGACAGCAAAGAGCCUGGCAGCGGAGCCGAGGGAGCCGAGCAGUCGGCCUCAUCCGGGCAGGGGCAGCCGUUUGUACUUCCUGUGGGUGUCAGCUCAAGGAACGAGGAUUACCCCCGCACUUGCCGGCUCUGUUUCUAUGGCACAGGCCUCAUCGCUGGCCACGGCUUUACGAGCCCUGAGCGUACCCCUGGAGUCUUUGUCCUGUUUGAUGAGGACCGCUUUGGAUUUCUGUGGCUGGAACUGAAGUCCUUCAGCUUGUACAGUCGAGUCCAGGCCACCUUCCAGAAUGCCGAUGCGCCAUCGCCGCAGGCCUUUGAUGAGAUGCUCAGGAACAUCCAGUCUCUCACCUCCUGACCUCCGCGUCGUGGGCGGAGGGGCUGCACCAGGGCCCGGGUGGGGGAAGCAUGCACUUUAGAAAUGAACGCACACCUCCUCACUGGGGUCCCGGUCACCCCGGGACGCUUCUUGUAUAGUGUGUAACAUACUCUUGUACAUUUGACUUGUUGGUACCUAUGAUGGAGAACACUAAGCAUGGUGGGAAAUAAACAGAGUUGAGCCAGGAUCAAGCUGAAUGGCCAGUGCCUGUGGCAUGGAGAAUUAAGUGGAUGCCUGCAGGUCCUCUGGAGCACACGGAUCUGUCCUUAGGAAGGGUUAUAUAUUACACAGCCACCGUGGGUCGUGGGGGGCAGGGUUCUGCUGCACCUGUUCCUUCCGAUGACCUAAAAUGGUCACUGCGGCUGCCGUGGGAUGGCGGAGGAUCAGGCUCAGGGACUCCGAUGGGUUUUCAUUUCCUCACUGGCUUGCUUAGAUCUCGGACAGGGCAUUCCACCAUGGCCUGUUUUCCUGUCCUCGUUGCUAGGAGCCACCAAGGAUUGCCAGGGAGUCGCCACUCUGGCCCCUGGUGACCUCUGGGCCACACCCACUCUAGCAGUAGAGCCGAGCUCUCAGGCCAGCCACCUGCUUGUCCCCAGCAGCCGAAUGCCCUUCCUUGGUCCUCCAUACAUGUUUAUCUGGAGGGCCCGCCCUACUGACACCACAUCCCUCAUGCUCUUCUUUCACUGCUGUGCUGGUGCCUCUCCAAGUAUUGACACCGACGACGGUGUCAGCAGCAGGCGCUGUCAAGCCCUUUGUAGGUGAAGUCAGUCCUCUAGACGGUCACACUUCUAUGUGACCGUGUGCCCGGGAGCAUUGCUGAUUGAGGGCUUACCUGCUCGGAGAUCCGUGUGCUGGGCCACACUGGCUUCUGUGUUUGAGAACCCCGACUGAGCCCAGCAUUCGUGUCUCCUAAGGGCAGAGGCCUUUGGGGGCGUCUUCCAGAGCUUCCAGUGUUAGUAUGCCUCUAGGCCUCCCUCCCCCAUGGCUGUUCAUCCCCUGGGGCUUUGGCAAGCCCUUGUGCUGAGAACUCAUCUUGCUGGUGAGGGACCUUAGGAAGAUGGCAGCCACGUGAGGAUGGGCCUGUAGACUCAGGAGAGGUAGUGUGGUGAAGGACCCUUGCAAGCUGCCUUUAGGGCAUCAGGAUGCUGGCUUUGUCCGGAGCAGUAACAGAACCUGCGGUGAGCUGCCAGGCUGGGUCCUGACCUCAAGCAUCUUCUGCAGAAUUGCUCCCCAAGCCUUUUGGUGCCUCCUCUGUUAGUCAUGAGAGGCUUCGGACGGUGGUGGAUGUGACUAGAAAGUCGCAGAGUCGGUGGUGACCAGGUGACACGGGUGGCUCUCGUCAGGUUUCACUGGAGAAAAGCAAAAGUAUGCAUUCCCCAGAGCCCAAGGCUUGCUCUGGGGAGGCUCAGGUUCGGGGUUUUAUUAAGUGUCUUAGGCCUCACUGUAUUAGCCAACCACACACUGGCUUUCCUAAAUGCACGCCCUGAUUGCUGCCAUCAUUGUCAGAUGUAGCACAGCCUCAUGUAGAGAACAGAAAGGCCCUGGAACUCCUCUGGGUCAGGUGGACAUCUUUGUCCCCGGGCCUCCCUGGGCCAGCACUGUUGGCUGCUCUUGUCAUUUUGCUGCAGCAGGCUGCACAGCCCAUGGUUUGGGAGAGAAGGCGACUUCUGGGUUUGCACAUUUAGCCCGCCCUGCUGUGUGUGGAGAUGGUAUGGGUAAGGUCAGGGGCAAGCUUGCAGGAAGUUUAUAGCGGGGACUGAACUCUUUCGAGUGAGGAUGUUCCCGGUGACUUUUUAAGUCCUGAUUUCUUCAAGCCUGGCAGUGUCAGGACAUCACCGCCAUCACUCAGACCUCAGACAUUGACAGUCUGUCUAUGGCAGGAGCUCUAGACUCCAUACCUUGGUCCUGACUCACCUUGUGUCCCUUUGACAUCAGCUGUCUGGCUCUUUGAGGCAUGAGUUCAGACUCUGGGCCCCUCUGCUCUGGGCUGUCAGCUCUGCACAUUUCCUGUCCCUCCAUGUCUAUCUAUAGAGUCGGUACUUGACAGUGGCUUCUGGCCCUCUGCUGCCCAGCCAGGCCUUCCUCACAUCAUGUGGUGAGGCGUUCGCCUGCUAAACCACCUUCCUUCACCAAGAGCACUCUGUGAUCUGGCCAUCUGGGGCUCCUCCCCAGCUGCUGGCUGCCUCCCCCAGCCCUCAGCAGCUCGUUGCAAACAGUAUGACUGUUCAACUUUCAGGACCUGUGGGCUUUAGUGCCGAGGGCCCAUCCUACUCAGCCGUCAGGACUUCUCGAACCUCAGGACACCUGCAUUGCCUAGUGUGGAGCGGUCUUUUUCUCAAGACAGUGGGGCACAGAGGGCAUCUAGCACCUGCCCUGUAAUGGGGAUGCUGGGCGGAACAGCUGGGUGUGCAGAGCCCCUUGCUCUGCCCCCUGUCUUUCUGUCCUGCCGGGGAAGUGUCCUGUGUAGCCCUCACCUGGCUUGGGUCCACCUCCCAGGUCACCAUCUCCCGUUGGCUGUGGAAGACCAAGUCUGAGGCCCAGGAGGGGAGUGGAGUAGCUCCCUGGAGAAGCUGCAAAAGGGGUGAGGGUAGAGCACUAGCAUUCACAACCUCCGGCCCACAUGGCCCACCUUCCAAGAAGGGUUUCAUGGUGGGUCAUGACACUGAACCUACCUGCUGGGCGCUUCUCUGUGGCUGCAUCCUCUGUGUUUACACGGAGACCAGCAUGAAGUGCCAGAAUGUGCUUUCUCAGCCCGUUUCUUGUGCUUAAUACGCCUGUUUGGAGAAUGGGGUUUGUCUGGAGUACACCGCCUGCCCCACCCCCAGCUCUGGACAGAGGGUGGCUCUUAAAAGCUCUCUCAGGUCAGCUCUGCUUUGCCUAAGGGUCAGGGAAGGACCCUGAAACAGUAGCUGCUGUGUGCCUGGUGCCCGAUGUCACCUGUGUCACUCGCCCAAGACGUGUGUGGUUCUCCUUUCA